UUUUCUUUAACGUCGAUCUUCUGAACUUCCAUCAUUCCUUGAAUCCUCUCAAUCGGAUUUAGAUUCUCUUCUCUUGGUUCAGGAGUGUCCCUCUUUUAUUUCCUAUCUCCUGUCAUUCUUUUCUUCCUUCCUCCGCUCCUGGUUUCUUACUUCCCAUUCCAUCCGGUCGCAGGCUCCUCCUCGCGCAGACUUCAUACCCGCGAUGAAGUCGCUCUCGUCCUCCCUCCUAGCUUACCUCCCCCUCCUCCUCGCCUCCUUCUCCGGUUCUGCCGCUUCGGAUUCCUCCGGCUCCAAGGAUGACCUCUCUCCGUGUGCAGCGCGCUCCCCAACAACAGGACUCUACUACGACCUCAGCACCCUGACCGUUCCCGCACCCUCCGGCGAGGGCCAGAAAUCCCGUCAGGAUUCGCAACCCGAGAGCUGGCAUGUGAAAGGGCAUGAUUAUAACGCCAACUUUACUCUGAACAUCUGCGCGCCUGUCGUGGAGAAGCUGAAGGAUGUGGUCGGAGUAGAGGAGAAGAAGUGGCAGAAUAUCAGCGCAUACUAUACGAAGGAGGGCAAGGUCUACUCAAUUGGACAACAAGCCUCAGACCCGUUCUUCCGCGGUCGUAAACUGGUGAUGAACUACACAGAUGGCUCUCCCUGCUCGAGCGACGCCAAGGAGCCACGGACCAAGGCGACAAUGAUGUCCUUCUUGUGCGACCGCGACGUAUCGGCUUCCCAGCCAACAAUCUCUUUUGUCGGCACUAUGGACCAGUGCACCUAUUUCUUUGAAAUCCGUAGCGCGGCCGCAUGUGGCGGUUUUGCCCACGGUCCUGCUGGGCAGGGCCUCUCUCCUGCCGGCAUAUUCGGCGUGAUUGCUCUAAUCGCCGUCGCAGCCUAUCUAGUCGGUGGCUGCGCCUAUCAACGCACCGUCAUGCACCAGCGCGGCUGGAGGCAAUGCCCUAACUACAGCCUGUGGGCAGGAAUGAUUGACUUUGUGAAAGAUAUGAUUGUCAUCCUCUUUUCUUCCCUCGCCCGUUUACUCCGGUUCAACCGAUCCCCCAGACUCGAGCACACGCGUGGGGGCAGCCGAGACGGUUUCAUCGGCGGGGGGCGACAGGGGUCUGGGGGCGAUGUGGACGCGGAAAACCGGCUGAUAGACCAGUUGGAUGAGGAAUGGGAUGAUUGAUGGAUGGAUGAUGGAUGAUGGAUGAUGGAUGAUGGAUUUGUUCUUUGCAUUUUCGAAAUUGUGUCUCGGUUUGAUAUAGAGCGUUUUGUUUAUGUACUAUAUAGGUUAGGUAACUUGAUAUACGAUCAUGGAUGGAUAUGGAAUGGAUAUGGAAAUGAUGCACGAAUACCAGAUAGUUUUACCCAAGUUUCGCAUAUGGACGUGUUUCAUUCAGGAGACGCAAGGAGGU